AUGGCUGCACCCAUUCAGAAGGAUUUCGAGAAUUUCGCAUAUGAAUUCGGCGAGCACUGUUUUAAAUUCAAUACCCACGAAUAUUACAAGAAGUUUGUUGACGAAUUAAUCCACGAUAUCGCUCAAGAUUUAACUGCACCACAGCUCCAUGAAAUCCAGCAGAUUAUUGACAAGGCUACUGCUACUCGUAUCAAAGAAGAAAAGGCUGGCGAUGUAGAAUUCUUGAUCCACCGCAAAGCCAAGAAACUCGGAUCAUCCGACGACGAUGAUUCUUCCGAUGAUAACCAGGCUGACCUCUACGUAGAUUUCAUGUAA